UUAAACACCCAAAACCGUUAACAACCGGCCGGCAUCUCUGUAUGCUCUGGUAUAAUUGGCCAAUAAAGAUAUUGAUCAAGUAAUGUUAGUUCGUGUAUAUGUGUGUAUGAAAAUUAAAAGAAAGCGAUCCUUUGUGAACUUCAUCUCCCAUAAGGCCAGUCGCUGCACAUGCGCAGUGGUGUCAGGUGCAUGGCGGCAGUCAGUAGUAUGGAGUGUGUGAAAGGUGUUAAAGGAGUGAUUUUAGACAUGUGUGGAGUUCUGUAUGACAGCGGAGAGGGUGGAGGGAGACCAAUACAAGGUUCCGUAGAGGCAGUCAAGAGGUUAAUGGACUCGGGUCUGAUCCUGCGCUUCUGCACUAAUGAGACUCAGAACACGCGAGAGAAGUUCGUGCAGAAACUGCGGAGAAUGGGGUUUGACAUCAGUGUGAGUGACGUGUUCUCACCUGCGCCUGCGCUCAUGCGCAUCCUGAGAGAGAGAGGACUGCAGCCACACCUGCUGGUGCAUGAUGAUCUAAUCCCAGAGUUUGAUGGUAUAGAGAUGAAUUCUCCAAACUGUGUUGUCAUUGGAGACGCAGCAGACAGGUUUUCAUAUGAGAACUUGAACGAAGCUUUCCGUGUUCUGAUUGGACUGAAGAAGCCGAUUCUCUUCUCUCUGGGUCAAGGACGCUACUACAAGGAGACUGAUGGUUUAAAGUUGGAUGUGGGGGUUUUCAUGAAGGCACUGGAGUACGCCUGUGAUGUUCAGGCAGAGGUCGUUGGAAAACCAUCACCAGAAUUCUUCCAGAGCGUUCUGAGAGACAUGAAUCUCCAACCGCAUGAGGUUGUGAUGGUUGGUGAUGAUCUGGUUAAUGAUGUGGGUGGAGCUCAGCGUUGUGGAAUAAAAGGUGUUCAGGUCAGAACGGGUAAAUACAGGCCGAGUGAUGAAGAUCAUCCCAGCGUGAAAGCAGAUGCGUAUGUGGACGACCUUGCUGCUGCUGUGGACGCGAUACUGACACAAAAACACUGACUGAUCUCACAUCUGUCAACUCAACUCAUGUGUUAUCAGCUAUUCAGAAAUGAGAUUUGUGAAAGGUUAAUGAAAUGUAACAUAAGUCAUUAACAAAUCAAAUCAUCAAAGUCCUUAAAGAUGAUGAAGUCUAUUUUUAAGACCAAGAUUUAAACGCACUGUAACAUUACUUUCAUUAAUAUCAAGCAGAUGUCUCCAUAAAAGUUUAUAAUUCAUAUUAGGAUGAAAUGUCAGCCGGGCGUGUUGCAGAUUAUUUGUAGUUAGUUUAAUGUUUGCACUGUUAAAACAGCGAGGAGCAUUCAGGACAAUAGUGGGAAAUCUCUGGUGUCCUUGCUGUGGACAGGAACGCUUCAUACAGCAGCGUACGCGGCAGACUGCAGAACAAACAUCUGAGAUCUUUUGUUAAUCUGGAGCAGAGGUCACACACACACACACACACACACACACACACACACACAAAGUGCCUUUUGUUUAUCUCACGCCGGCUUUUUUAAAUUGGGAACUGAGUGUUUGUGUUUGUUCAGGAAGUUCAGUCUGCUGUCCUACUUUCAACAUUACUUCUUUCACAACAGACACUAAAGCGGUUUGUCUCAAUCUUAUAUAUUGUGUUGAAUUUGAAGCGUAAUAAAGUUCAGUUUGUUUUGCAUGAGCAGAAGAAUCAAGAGAGGAGCAGGAUUAAAGAUCAUCACCCCCAAAUGAAAAUGAGCCCAUAUUUUACUCACCCUUGACUUUCUUUCUUCAGUCAGAGUUAUAUAUUACAUGAUAUCAUUUUUUCAACUUAUGAUUGUGUGUAAUAAUGUUGGUGUUUGAGCAAAAGAAAUAUUUAACAGUUACACCGCUCAAUGUUCACUGUAAAGUGAGAUAUAAUGUCUUUAACAGAAAAGGACGCAUGCUUUCUCCUUUAUGUAGUGAUGUCUAUCAUUUGAAACACGGACAGUGAUUUUCAAACGGGGGGGGGGCUUCCUAGGAAUGUCAUGAAGAUGGAAAAUCAUUUUUUAACUGCGUUCCUGAACAUAAUAACAGGACAGCUUCCUCAACCUAAACGAGACUAAUGCUGGCUUCAAUCAGAUUGUGAAAGAUGAAGCAGUUCACACUUUAUCAGGACAACAUGUUGAUCUUAACCUGUAUGUUUCACUCUUUGUUGAUUUGUUUAAUAAUGGUUUUAAUCUUCAUCAUUUUUAUUUUAUAGCAACAACAUAAACAAAGGUCAACGCUGUUUGUUAGCUCAAGGCUGACCUUGUGUGUUAUUGUGAUCAGUGUAAUGAUCCUUUAUAUUGUGUUUACAUACACACACACACUAAACAUGAGUCUGUGUUUGAUUUGGCCACUGUAGUAAAACUGUGUGUUAUUUUCAUAAGUGUCUCACAGACAGAUAUUCAACUUCACUCACUCUAUUCACUAACACUUUACAAUAAGGUUGUAUUUGUUAACAAUUCUUUAAAGCAUUAGCUAACAUAAACUAACAAUAAACAAUGCUUUUACAGUAUGUAUUUAUCGUACUUUGUUAAUUUUCAGUUAGUUUUCAUUUACUAAUGUUUCCUAAUACAACCUUAUUACCGAGAAAACUAACGGUGUGACGUUUUGAACUGAUCAGUCUGUAACUACCCACAAUGCUAAAGGCCGUGACAUUUCUGGACAGCACGAACAGACAGUUAGCCAUUUACAACACACCAACCUGAGAUCAUUAUGUAUUUCUGAUGGAGGGACUGGAAUCAGCGGUGUAGAAGAAAUGUAAAAUAUAUGAAAAGUAAUGCGUGGACACCAAUUGCAGUGCACCCCAAAAACAUAAUCAAGACUUUGAAAAGCAAAACGUAAUUGGACCCCUUCAAUAAUAUACAGACUCUUUCUGGCAUUAUAAAGCUGAAAAGCCAGGAUAUUGUUUAUUAUAACGAGUCAUAUACAUCUGAUAUGGCAUCAGGGUGAGUAAAAUAUGGGCUAACUUACAUUUUUGGGUGAAUUGUUAAGUUUAAACAUUAAACAUUGCUCUGUUUCUUUUGGAAACUUGCAAUAUUUAAUGAAAAGAAUGCACACACACACACACACACAGAUCAUUGUGAUGUCUGACAACAGUUCCAAGUAAACCCUGUGUUUACAUCACACACACACACAUGCAUGAACAUCAUGUUUGUUAUUUAGCAUGAAGAUUAGAGGUCAUGAUCAGAUCUGACGCUCUCGGCUCUUCUUCAUCAGUCUAUAACUCUUGAGAGCAGAAUGACAUUUAAUCUGUGUGUUUGUGUUGAAGUUGUACGGCUCUGUUAAGUUUAAGUUUAUUUGAUGACACAUGAGACCUGAAAUAUUUCAGACAUGAAUUACU